GCGAUGGCAUCAAGUCCUAGCAACAUAAACCCUUUGCUUUAAGCCUUGAGUCACCUCUUUCAGUACCUGCCUUAUCCUCAAGCCAACAACAUGUUUACCCGCCUCGCCACUUUUUCAUGCUGCCUCGUGGGCCUGCAGCAGGUUCUCGCAGCGCCAGCCCCGUCCCCGUCCUACCUUGAUUGGAGAACCUUCACGGCCAGAGGAGUCGACCUGGGCGGCUGGCUGCACCAAGAGGCCGUUAUCGACCCCGGCUUCUGGUCCCAGCACGGCGGCAGCGCCCGCGACGAAUGGGAGCUGUGCGUCAACCUGGGCAGCCGCUGCGGCUCCGUGCUGGAGCAGCGCUACGCCAGCUACAUCCGGCCCUCGGACAUCGACCGGCUGGCCGCCGCGGGCAUCAACGUGCUCCGCAUCCCCACAGGCUACAACGCGUGGGUCAAGGUGCCCGGCUCUCAGCUGUACACCGGCCGCCAGGUCGAACACCUCCGGUCCAUCUCGCGCUACGCUAUCGCACAGCACGGCAUGCACGUCAUCGUCGACAUCCACUCCCUGCCCGGCGGCCUCAACGGCAUGGGCCUCGGCGGCCGCGAGGGCGGCUACGACUGGUUUCAGAACCAAACCGCGCUCGACUACUCAUACCGCGCCGUCGAGGCCGCCCUCGCCUUCAUCCAGACCUCGGACCACCCGCACGGCUACACGCUCGCGCCCAUCAACGAGCCCGUCGACAACCGCGAUAUGUCCAAGUUCGGCACGCCCGAGUCCCUGAGCGAGGACGGGCGGGCCUGGGUGCUGGCCUACUUCCGCGGCGUGCUCGACCGGGUGCGGCGCGUCAACCGGAACAUCCCCGUCAUGCUGCAGGGCGGGUUCCUGGGCGAGGAGUACUGGUCCCCCUUGUUCGAAUCCGAGGCAAGAAUCGUCUUUGACGUGCACAACUACUACUUUGCCGGCCGGCCGGCCACGUCGGCCAACCUGCCGCAGUUCCUCUGCGCCGACGCCCGCGCCUCGGCCGGCGACGGCAGGUUCCCCGUCUUUGUCGGCGAGUGGUCCAUUCAGGCUACCAGCAAUAAUACACUGGCCAGCCGCAGGGUGAACCUGAACACGGGCCUGCAGGCCUGGGAGAAGUACACCAGCGGGAGCGCUUACUGGACGUAUCGGUUCUAUGGCAAUGUUCCCGUUCAGGGGGAGGGUGUGCAGGGGGACUAUUGGAGCUAUGAGAAGUUCAUGGACCUCGGCAUCAUUGACCCCUCGAAGGGAGUCAGCUGUGUGUAA